UUCAACUUGUUCGCGGGAGAGAAGCAGGAAGCGAGCCGGUGUAAUGCUUUUCAGCAGCGGCUCGGAUUUAAUCCACUAGCGCUUUUUCCUGGAGUGGAUUUAAAACCGUUAAACUCGUAUAAAACUGAUCUGAAGGUGCUGAAGGAUGAAGAUUUGCAGGGCAGAAUACAAAACAAUCGCAAAAUUCAUUGAGCAGCUUCGACCGACUCGGCAGUGUAUGAAGAUCCUGAAGGACAGAUUCCCCAAUCACUCGCAGUCCACUCUUCUGAGCAUCUUCUCCCUGGAGUACCAGAAAAGAAUGAAAAGAACUCUUGUGAAACACCAGGAUGUCGUUGAAGACUACUUCCAGAGGUACCGUAGCGAAGCCAAGAAACGUCCUUCAGACCCUGUCCUGCUGGAGUUGGCCAACGAGGUGGACCUGUCACCAUCUCUUCUGGCUCGUCUGCUGGUGGAGCGCUUCCUAGAGGAGCAGCAGGGCUCAGUGUCCUCCAAGCAAGUUUUGAACAGUAUGUUAAAGGAACCAUCUUUAAUUCCAGACAUGCAAUUGGCCAAACAUGUGGAACAGUGCACAAUAAAUGACUGCUGUUAUGGACCGCUGGUAGACUGCAUCAAACAUGCUAUUGGUCAGGAGCAUGAGGAGAUCCUGCGGGAGAAACUCAGAGAGAGGAACUUGUCUUUUCUAGAUGAGAAUCAUCUACGGGCCAAGGGUUAUGACAAGACCCCUGACAUUAUUCUCGAGGUCCCAAUCGCUGUUGAAGGCCACAUUGUUCACUGGAUUGAAAGCAAGGCUUCGUUCGGGGAUGAGCAGAGUCAUCGCACGUACCUGAACGAGCAGUUCUGGAGUUACUGGAACAGGUUUGGUCCUGGGCUAGUCAUCUACUGGUACGGCUUCAUCUCCGAGUUGGACUGCCAGCGGGACAGAGGGAUUCUGCUCAAAGACUGCUUCCCUACAGACAUUGUGACUCUGUGCCAUGGGUCAAGCCAUUGCUGAUGCUAGAGCUGAGGGUGAUACCGAUGCAGAGGAAGGUGGGGAGGAGCGUUUGUCGGUGGAGACGUGAAUCCGGAAGAAAUUUAGGUUUCCCGUUGCGCAAAAGCUACUGGCAAACAUCUGCCCUGAACUCCAGUUGAACUCACAGGGAUCAGGGUAAGGACAGUACCUCUGUAAAAUCACGCCAGGAGGGCUGGGCUGGACUCUCCUUGGAAUGGCUUGGGGUUGGCCCCUGGUCUGGACCCUACAGCCCUGCAGGAAUCCCCCUGAAAAAGCAGGAGAAUAGAGGGCAGGUAGCUCUUCUUAUCAUGGCUGUCCCUCUCCCUCCUCACUCUCUUGUGACCCUUUCACUCUCUCCUGAGACCAGUAGGGAGGUCAUCACUGUUAUCAGCUCUCCUGCUUUCCCCUUUCUCUGUAUCUGAUAGGGUGUGGCCUCUUUGGAACCUUUUUCUUUCCUUUUCUAUUUUUGAUUCGGGAUGUUAAGCGGGAUGUUAAAUGUCUAAAAAGAGGCAGAUUAAUUGAGAAAGGUCUUUUAGCUCACAUCCAUGAUUUUUUUUUUCUCAAACACAAAUUCAAUAAAAUUAAAUUAAAAGUUAAAUAAA